UUUCAGUUCAGUGAAUUAAAGAGAGAGGUGAUGGACCGUCUGACAAUCCUGGAGUCCAGGAUAGAAAGUGAUGGUUUGAAAUUCCUGGAUAUUGACAAAUGCAGAAAUGAUGUAAAAAAACUUCGAGAAGAAAUGGAAAAAAAGAAUAAAGGGUUGAACUGUGCAUGUAAUUAUUACUACUCGGAGGAAAUAAUCAAACUGACCCCGGAGAGACAGAUCCCAACGUAUCCCAAGUACACGUUAUCCUCUCAGACGGUGGACGCCUUGAAGAAACCCACAUUCGAUGUCUGGCACUGGGAGCACAACGAGAUGCUGAGCUGCCUAGAAUUCAUGUACCACGACCUUGGUUUGGUUCGAGAGUUCCACAUGAAUCCCAUUACUCUGAAACGCUGGUUGUUGUGUAUACGGGAGAAUUAUCGAACCAAUCCUUUCCACAAUUUCCGGCACUGCUUUUGUGUGACACAGAUGAUGUAUGGUAUUAUCCACCUCUGCAACCUACAGGAACACAUGACCCUGACCGAAUUAGGGAUUCUGAUGACGUCCGCUAUAUGUCACGAUCUGGAUCACCCAGGAUACAGUAACACAUAUCAAAUCAAUGCCCACACGGAGCUGGCGAUCAGAUACAACGAUAUUUCCCCGCUGGAAAAUCACCACUGUGCUGUGGCAUUUCAGAUCCUCGCUCAGCCGGAAAACAAUAUCUUCUCCAAUAUCAGUCACGACCUCUUCAAACAGAUCAGACAGUCAAUUAUCCGCCUUAUUUUGGCCACAGACAUGGCGCGACACGGGGACAUUUUGGCUUCCUUUAAAAAGGUUGCCCCUAAUUUUGAUUUCAGCGAUGAAGAACAUGUGAAAAUUUUGCAGACGGUGCUUAUAAAGUGUUGUGACAUUUCGAACGAGGUCCGUCCCAUGAACGUAUCGGAACCCUGGGUAGACUGUCUGCUUCAAGAAUAUUUCAUGCAGAGUGAUCGUGAAAAAUCGGAAGGUCUGCCCGUUACCCCAUUCAUGGACAGAGAUACUGUAACCAAAUCCAAGGCACAGAUUGGAUUCAUUAAGUUUGUCUUAAUUCCGAUGUUUGAAACUGUUACUGAGCUCUUCCCACAGAUAGAAGAGGUGAUGGUUCUGCCGUUACGUCAGGCCAGAGAUCAUUAUGAAGAGUUGAUGCAAAUCGAGGAAGCCAUGGCUGAAGUCCAGCAGAGAGCGGCUGAGAUUGUGUCCAGUUCAGGCAAGCUGAGGCCCAGUACAGAAUCGCUAUAGUGGUAUGUUGCAAGUUUCUCGAAGUGAAAUGACGUUAAUUGCUUUAAUGAUGGAUUUCUCUAAUACGUCUCUGCACGUGAAAUCACUGUUUUAUUCUGAGCCUCAUGUAUUUUUUAAUUCCUGUUUGAAUAAAGUUUUGUCUUCUUUGUUACCUGAUACGGCAGAUAAAUUGUGACUAAAUGACAUCUUCUCUAUGAGUAGACCUCAUACGUUACUAGGUUAAAAAGCA